AUGGAGGUAGCCUCCAAACAGGCCGUACGGCUCCUCCGACCCUCCACCCUACGCUACUCUCCCCGACUUCUCCCCUCCGCCAUCCCAACAACACAAACAAGCCUCCGCCGAAGAAAUGUCUCGACGACACCCCGGAGAUCCGCUCCCGAGCCUUCGCUUCUCAGCCUAGGCUCGGCUUCCUCGCCGUCCGGGUCUCCGCCCACGUACUUUAGCAACCGACAGACGUUACCCAUGAACACGGUUGUGCGGUUCGUUCCUCAACAGACGGCAUGGAUCGUUGAGCGCAUGGGCAAGUUCCACCGGAUUUUGGAACCCGGUCUGGCGAUUCUGGUGCCGUUCUUGGACCGAAUAGCGUAUGUCAAGAGCUUGAAGGAGUCGGCGAUUGAGAUUCCGAGUCAGAAUGCGAUUACGGCCGAUAACGUGACGUUGGAGCUUGACGGAGUGCUGUAUACGAGGGUGUUUGAUGCUUAUAAGGCUAGCUACGGCGUAGAGGACGCUGAAUAUGCCAUCUCUCAACUUGCGCAGACGACGAUGCGAUCGGAAAUCGGUCAGCUUACGCUGGACCAUGUGUUGAAGGAGCGUGCGAUGCUCAACACCAACAUUACUCAGGCUAUCAACGAGGCUGCGCAGGCUUGGGGUGUUACGUGUCUGCGAUAUGAGAUCAGGGAUAUCCAUGCCCCGGAUGGGGUCGUGGAAGCCAUGCAUCGCCAAGUGACAGCUGAGCGUUCAAAGCGAGCGGAAAUCCUCGACUCCGAAGGUCAACGACAGAGCGCAAUCAACAUUGCCGAGGGCCGAAAGCAGUCUGUUAUUUUGGCCUCCGAAGCCGAUAAGAUCGAGCGGAUCAACCGUGCUACUGGUGAGGCUGAGGCGAUUAAAGCGAAGGCUGAUGCUACUGCAAAGGCCAUUGAAACCGUGGCCCAGGCUAUCGAGGCUGGCCAAUCGAGCGCUCACGGAGCUAUGAGCCUCACCAUUGCUGAGAAGUACGUUGACGCGUUCUCGAAACUCGCCCGUGAGGGCACAGCUGUUGUUGUCCCUGGAAACAUGGGCGACCUCGGCGGAAUGAUCGCAAACGCCAUGGCUGUUUACGGCAAAGUAAGCAGCUCACAGGCACGGAGUAUUGCGGCCAAGGCUCUCGGAGUUGAGGAUUCGGAGAAGACACCAGAGGCCAAAAACGAGGCUAAAGCGAAUGUUGCUGAGGAAGUCCUGGAAGGAUUCGAGCAGGCCCGCGAGAAAAACUGA